UGGUGGAAAGUCGAACAUUGAAAUUGUAUGCAAAAAAUCACGUAAUGAUUCUUAUGUUAGACCUGGUGUUAUGAGUUACGACAGUGAUGAUGAUAGAGUAUUUGUUGAAUUUCCAAAAUCGCUUGUUAACGCACUCAACAUUGGGUUAGAUAGCCUUAUGGACGAAACAAACUGGAUGGGAUAUAUAUCGCUAACGCCUCUCAAGAUUUUAAACUCAAAUGCUGCGGAUUGCCAUGAAGGAUUUCCAUUUUCUAAAGCAUAUUGUUGUACAGAAAAAUAUUCCACUCAGUAUUCGUUUGGAUCCGUUUUCCGGAAAGGCAUAUCGAUGCUGAUCGAGUUCAUGCUUCAUCGGACAGUGCCAGACAACAAGCAGGAGAAAUUUGUUCUGAGCAAACUUUUGCAUUACUUGUUCGAUUACCUGGACACAGAUGCUGAAAUUAUGAAAAACAUGGAAAUGUAUACAGAGACAGAACUGACAGCAGUUAUUGCAAAUCAUCUGUUUGGCAAGUUGUCUACAUCUUCAUGUUUUACCAUUGACAAGCAGUGCAAAGGCAAAGGUAGAGGACAAGGUGGAAGAGGCAGUAAGAAAACAAGUCCUUUAUGCCCUUGUGAAAAGAAUGAUUGUGUACUGUCAGGAGAUUUUGGAGAUACAAGUAUAGGAAACUGGAUGGUUUGGCAUGGAAAUGUAAAUGUAAUAAUCAACAAUGAAGUUGUCAUAGGAUCCCAAGAUGUUGAAGAAAAGGACUGCAGUCCUGGUGGGAAAUCUCCAGUGGAAGUGAAACUUAAAAGUAACUCCUUGUCAAGAAAUCCUCAGGUUAUUGCCCAAAACAUUGUUUUUUCAUUCCUCCAAAAGCAUAGACAUCCUGAAAGUGAAAAUUUCCUUUUUCCAUGUAUUGGAGUUACAGGUAAAGAUAUGAUUGUAUACUUUUAUGAUUCAAUGCAUGAUGUGCUUCUUGAAAGCACAUUGAUUCCAUUACAUGGCAUGAUUCCAUCUGCUGUUAGCAAUAUCAACUUAGUAGCAAUUGUUGUAUCAUGGCUGGUUGUCAACUAUAAGUACCUAUGUGAUGGUGUCAUGGAAGAGAUGAAAACAAUGAAAGCAGAGUUUUUUUCACAAGCUGAAGCAAAGUUAGCUGUUUACAAAUUUGACCUAAAGGCCGGUGAAGUGGGAAAUUCUUGUCCUGUGGAUGAUUCUCAAGACAAAGUGAAAAAUGUUCAUCACCCAUUUCUGAUGGAUUUGAAGAAAAGAAAGAGAAUGGUUGUUCUGGAUCCCAGCGAGAGAUAACAUUUCACUAUUGUAGAAAAAACAUGUGCAACAUAAGAACUUACAUGGCAUUACUGUACCUAAAGCCAUCCUUAUUGGAGACCAGCUUUAUUGGUGUUAUUGUGUGAUAAAAGUUCCUCAUCUUAGCUCUACCAAGACAUGAGAAAUGUGUUCGAUUGUGACAUUUAUAGAGGAUCUUAUGAGUGUCUAUUUGACAUGAAAUUUAUGAAAUGAGUUCAACAAGCCUGUAGGCAAGGUGUUAUAUACAAUGAGUUAAAUUAGUUCCUAUUACAUUGGCUUAUUUUAGCUUACCUGACCCAAAGUGUUAUGUGAGCCUUUGUAUAAUGCAUGGCACAAUAUCCGUCAUUAGUCUGUCAACGUUUCCCUCUAGAACUCUCUUGUCCUUAUAACAACUUUGGCCUAGAGUAUCAUUUGCCAGAUUAAUUUCUAAAUUUGUAUCAAAAGAUAUUUGGUCAAAAGUUUCCUUGGAUGAAGUCCAACUGAUUGUCUGUGGUUCAUCUGAUACAGACUGAUUGUCUGUGAGUCAUCUGAUACAGACUGUUUUUCUGUUGUUCAUGUGAUACAGACUGUUUCUGUGAGUCAUCUGAUACAGACUGUUUCUGUGAGUCAUCUGAUACAGACUGAUUGUCUGUGGUUCAUGUGAUACAGACUGAUUGUCUGUGAGUCAUCUUAUACCAACUAAUUGUCUGUGGUUCAUGUGAUACAGACUGUUUCUGUGAGUCAUCUGAUACAGACUGUUUUUCUGUUGUUCAUGUGAUACAGACUGUUUCUGUUGUUCAUGUGAUACAGACUGUUUCUGUGGUUCAUCUGAUACAGACUGAUUGUCUGUGAGUCAUCUUAUACCUACUAUAAUUGUCUGUGUGUCAUCUGAUACAGACUGAUUGUCUGUGGUUCAUCUGAUGCAAACUAAUUGUCUGUGGUUCACGUGAUACAGACUGUUUCUGUGGUUCAUCUGAUACAGACUGAUUGUCUGUGAGUCAUCUUAUACCUACUAUAAUUGUCUGUGUGUCAUCUGAUACAGACUGAUUGUCUGUGGUUCAUCUGAUGCAAACUAAUUGUCUGUGGUUCAUGUGAUACAGACUGUUUGUCUGUGAUUCAUCUGAUAAUGACUGAUUGUUAGUGAGUUCCCAUCAUCAGAAGAAAUAUUUGCGAGAUCUGGUAAGAAAGCAGCAGUAUCAAAUCGAGUAUCAUUUUAUUCAAUUCCAAUCAAAUUUUUGUUAUAUUUGCAAGAGGUUAGGAGUUUACCGUCGUUUAUCAGAAACCGAAUGUGAUCUUAUGGCGAUAGUGCCUUGCUGUGGCGAACUGAUACAUAGGCAUUGCACCUCUACAUUCAGGACAAAAGAAAAAUGUCCAAAAUGCACAACUUGUUUAGAGGAUGGAACACCCAUUCAAGAAGAUGAAGAUCUUGGUACAGUCAUUCUUCGGCAAAAUAUAAGAAAGCAAAAUGGUAUCGCUUUUGACUUGGUCCUCCCUUUACUAGUUUCAAAGCCAAAAAAUAGUGCACAGGUUUUAAAAUUACUUUUUAUGUUAUAUCUAAAAUAUAUACACCUUUACCAUAACUUUCUCAUUUAGUUACAUAAUUGAUACUGACUGUUAUAGCAUAUAUACAUUACUUGAAUUUUUUGAUUAAAAAGUAAUCUUGGCUGAUUUUUAAUGCAAUUAAUGAUUUUUGAUGGAGAGCACAAGAUCUUGUACAUGUCAGAAUCUACAAAUUCCUGCCCUCAUCCAUAGGAAAAGUAUAAGUAUCCACAGACUUCAGUGUUUUUCUUUUAGGAAAGCUUCUUCUCCUAUAUUCUAAGGAACUAUUCUUUUCUAAAACUAUUAUGUAUGUCAGACUUUAAAAAAAUCCUCUUCACUUCAUAUGAUGUAGAUUUUGAAGAGAAAAAAUGAUAAAGUGUGACAUUUUCUUAUGUCUAUAUAUUUUGACAACUGAACUGUAUAUAUCAAAACAUGUCUCAGCUUUGUCUUUUUCAGAUGGGGAUUUCAUGGAAAGUUUAGCAAAGUGCAAACCCCAUUGUAAAAUAGACCUGACAACAUAAGAAUUAAUGAAAAAACAAUAUCUGUUUAGUAUCAGCCACAAUCCCUUUUAUUUACAAAUAUUCAUGCACUGGGGGUAUAGGCAAAAGCCACGCUUUGUUCAUUGUGUUCAUUUUUAAUGUAGUGUAAAUGUUUA